UAGCAAGGGCGAUAUUGCGCGUGCACGCGACUGGCUUGCCAUAGAAAACAAAGCUGUCUGCGCGGCAUCCAUUACAGCGGAGGGUGCAGACUUCGGGAAUAUAUAAAUAUAGACGCUAGAAAACACUCCUAAAUAUGGAUUUUCAGAGACUAUAGGAUCAUUUGAGACUCGGGCCUGUAAGGGCAGUGAGACUGCAGGACACUCGCGAAACUGACGAAAUAUACAGUUUUUAUCGGGGUGCUUUGUCUUUGCCAGCUAGCAAACCAUCAUUGUCAUUCGAUUGGAAGCUAUUCUACUAGUUUUUGCUAGAUGGGGGCUGGGGUACAUCGCCAUGUUGUUAUCAAAUAGUAACUGUUAAAAAAUACAUCUUGAAGUAAAGGCGGAAAUUUUUCCACCAGGUCCUUCGUUUUGGCCACAGGGAACCGAAUCUCAACAGUCGCGGAACCCACCACUGACUGUUGUCGUCGGUGACAUGGCGGAGCAAGGCUACUCUUCUUGGGCGUACUCACUCGUCGACUCCAGCCAGGUGUCCACUUUCCUCAUCUCCAUCCUCCUCAUUGUCUAUGGCAGCUUCAGAUCGUUGAACAUGGACUGUGAGAACCAGGAGAAGGAUAAGGAUGGUAACCCUGUCCCGAAUGGGGCCUUCAACAAUGGCAACACAAACAACAGUGAGUCUCACAUAUUUGGUAUUCAAACCAUAGACUCCACGCAGGCUCUGUUCCUUCCCAUAGGAGCCUCCGUGUCUCUGCUCGUCAUGUUCUUUUUCUUCGACUCUGUCCAGGUGGUUUUCACCAUUUGCACCGCAGUUCUUGCGACAAUUGCGUUUGCAUUCCUCCUGUUGCCAAUGUGCCAGUACUUGACCAGACCCUGCUCCCCACAAAACAAGAUCUCGUUUGGCUGCUGUGGGCGCUUCACUCUGGCCGAGCUCCUCGCCUUCUCCCUCUCUGUCAUGCUGGUGCUGAUUUGGGUGCUGACGGGACACUGGCUGCUCAUGGAUGCUCUAGCCAUGGGGUUGUGUGUGGCCAUGAUAGCGUUUGUGCGGCUGCCCAGUCUGAAGGUGUCUUGCCUGCUGCUGUCAGGGCUGCUCAUCUAUGACGUGUUCUGGGUGUUCUUCUCGGCCUACAUCUUCAACAGCAACGUGAUGGUGAAGGUGGCCACCCAACCGGCUGACAACCCCUUAGACGUGCUCUCCAGGAAGCUCCACCUGGGCCCUGGGAUGGGCCGUGACGUCCCACGCUUGUCCCUGCCUGGCAAGCUGGUUUUCCCCAGUUCCACAGGCAGUCACUUCUCCAUGCUGGGGAUCGGGGACAUAGUGAUGCCGGGGCUACUGCUGUGCUUUGUGCUGCGCUACGACAACUACAAGAAGCAGGCCAACGGGGAGGCGGGGGGGCCAGGCACACCCGGGCGCAUGGGGCGCGUCUCCUACUUCCACUGCACUCUCAUCGGAUACUUUGUGGGCCUGCUGACUGCCACUGUGGCCUCCAGGAUCCACCGUGCGGCUCAGCCUGCCCUGCUCUACCUGGUGCCCUUCACCCUGCUGCCUCUACUCACCAUGGCCUACCUGAAGGGAGACCUGCGGCGUAUGUGGUCAGAGCCUUUCCACACAAAGGCCAGCAGCUCCCGCUUCCUGGAGGUAUGAUGCACCCUGGGAACACACAGCCAGCGUGGGCAGGACCAGGGACACCUACCCCCUGCCCUGAGAGAAAGGGAGUGAGAGGGAGAGCGCACACUGAAGAGAGGCCUCGUCCUCAUCACUAGUUCAUUCUUUCCACCCAUCCUCUGAGCAGCAGACCUCACAUAUGGACACCAGUGUGUGGACCUCAUUGCCAGACACAACUCCCCAUUGCUUCCUGUUUUCCUCUCUUUCCUACUUUUCCUUCCCUCACCCACCUCCCUUGCCAUGGCUCAUUUCAUUUUGUCAGGCCUCUCCCUCUCUCCUUUUGCUCUUGGUCUUUCUGUUUUACUACCACCCUUCUGUGUAUCUCCCCGACUCUGCUGGACUCCAAGGCCAGGCGUCCCCCUAUAUGGACUACUGGGUGUGGGAUGUGACGGAGGCUUUUUUUAGCAUCUUCAUUACAAUUAUUGUUAUUAUUCUGGAAUGAUUUGGAAUGAACUGCGGAGGAGGAUAGGAGAGUAGGCAGAACUGCUGCUUCCACUAGGCAGGAAAAUGACAUCCGUGCACAGGACCAGCAGCCUAUCGGAGAGAGAGAGAAGGAACAGCAACGGUUCAUCAGUCGCUCCCUCCAUCCGUUUCUCUGCCCUCCAUCUACCCCCUCUGUCCCCUGAACACCUCUCUUCUUUAUCCUCAACAUCCUCCCUCUCUCUAACAAACUCUCACCUUCCGUCAUUUGCUGCCCCAUCACAGAUACAGGUAUUUUAUUUAGAAAAGAUUUUAUUCUUGGCAUAUACAGAAAUGAUGCAUUAUAAAUUGUGAAUGUGUCCCUACUAUUGCGGGGGGAAGCAUCUCUCUUUGUAUAUAUAUGUGUACACAAGUAUUUGGGUAUCAUGUUGUGUGUGUGUGUGUGUGAGCGAGAGCGCAUAGUAUGCGUGACUGUGUUAUUUCAUUAUUAUGAACAAUUUAAUUAUGUUUUGGAUCCAGGACAGGUAUAAAAGACCUUGACAAUGAGAACUUGUGGAGUGACAUUUGGGGGUUGAUGGGACAUGCGCAGGUUUUUUUGGGCAGGUCUGACUUGGACCACAGCUCGGUUCUGUAAGGCUAGGAGUGGUUUACUUGUGAACAAAUUUCCUCCAACAAGUGACAGAAUGGACAUUGGGAAAAACCAAGUUAACCCUCCACUUGCCGUCGGCUGUACCUGGAGGUGUGUGUCUGUUUGUUUCUGUGUGUGUGUGUGUGUGCCUGGUCGUUUAGAAUAACCUCUAUAAAGUCUGUAAUGGACCUUGAGGGAGGAAAUCUCUGCCCUUCUGAGGGAUUUAUCUUAAUAAAGGAUUGUAAUCAAUGGACCCUGAGGUUAAAGCUAACCCAUAGCUAGGUUUUUACUGUCAAAGGUUGGGUAUCCCAACGCUUUUUGGAUUGUCAUUCCUCUCACAGUUUUGUGGUGUUUAUCAGUUAGAUCAGGCCCCCCAAACCCCACAGGUGCAUGUUUAGAUUUUUUCCCCCUAGCACAACACAGCUGCUUUUAAAUAAUCAAAGCUUGAUGAUGAGUUGGUUGUUAGAAUCAGCUCUGUAGUGCUAAGGCAAAAACCAAAAUGUGCACCCAGAGGGGCCCCAGGACGAACUUUGGGAAACACUGAGUUAGAUCAUAGCUUAAACAAUACUGGAAUUAAAGUGUGUGUGAAAGUGUUUGUGAAAGCGAGACAGUCGGACGAAGAGAGAGACUUGAAUGGAAAAUGCAGUUUACUGGCUUCCUGUCUUGAGUUUUCUUUUUUACCUGUUUUUUAUGUUUGUUCUCUGGCCUUGCAUGUCAAGUGUACAGUGUGUGUCAUUCCUCAGACUGCAACAACAGACUGCUGGCCCCAACCAAUGCACUAAGCUUUGCCAGCAAGGCUGCAGAGAGGAAAGUUACAUGGACAAAGGCCAGGGAGUCGGGAGGACUGAACAGUUCUGACUGAACAGUUCUGACUAAACAGGCCACCUGGCUGAUAAACAUUUUUUUAAUCUUUUUUUUUUUUUUUUUUUUUUACACGUUUAGCCCCGAUUUCACUCUAGCUGAUCAUUACCUGGACAUUGUCUGGCUAUGGGACAGACCACUGUCGGACAGCCUGAACAUAAAUGGACAUGUAACCACAACCCCAUUCCUGUCCCCUCUGCCUCUUUAUGGACUUGGCAAAGAAAACUGAUGAUGAUCAUAGUGAUGAAUAAUUGAAGAAAAAAAAUACAGAUGUUUUCAUUUUUUAUGGAAGAUGGCUUUCUAUUUAUCCCCUUGUUUGAGUUGUUUUUCUUAGUGCUGUAGCUUUAGGUUUUUCAUCUUAUACUUUUCUUUCCUCCCUUGCAGCAGAGGGCUUUAUAGCUGAAAGUUGAAUAAAUUUAAGAGCUGUUUAGUGAAACAUGAAUCCUAAUGAGCUGAAUCUAAAACAUUUUGUCUCCUUUAACCCCCUCUCUGCUCCCUGUUCCUCUCCCCCCUUUCCCUCCAUUCUGCUGUAAAUAAAACAUCAUUCUAACUAUA